UAGUGACAACUUGACAAGUGAUUGUCGAAAUAUCAAUUUUCUGGACGGUGACGAUUUUUAUCUUUUGAAUAAAAUUAUAAUUAACCGUAAAACAACAAAAUGGACGUAUCAUCCAAAAGUAUAUGUAUAUUUUCGAUUUUUUUACUUAUUACACUUUCAUCAGUAAAUGGACAGGAUAAGUGCGUUAAAAGAAAUUCAUGUAGUUGUGUAUUUUCCAAUGGCACGGGUAUUGACUUAUCCCCUUCUGCGAAGAAUUUAAUUUACACAUCGAAGACCACUUUGGACGAGAAGAAUAAGGGCGCAGAAGUAGUGGUGGCAACUUAUUAUUACCAUCCAUGCUUCGACGUAUUACUGACAGUUAAUCAGUCGACUAGUAUGAAUGGUACCACUUGCGAUAAACCUUUGUCGCUAUGCAGACAUACAAGCACUUGGAAUGGAACCGUCAAGGACCACCUUACUAAAUAUGGAGACAUCUUUGAAUAUUUGGGAAGCUCAAAUGAUACCAGUGAUGGUAUUGAGUUCUCAAAUGACGGUAGAUCCAUUAAGUAUUUCAAUAAACCUUCCUCUCUCUCGGAUAAAGCACAGGCACCUGUAAGGUUCUCAAUUGUGAAUUUGGUAUGCUCCGACACUGAUGAUGAAUUCUACGUUAAGGACUCAACAGAGCCAGAUCAAAUUGAACUAGCUUUCUUCUCGAGAAAUGCUUGCCUUCGACAGAUUGAGUCGAGCCGGUCUACGGGAUCCACACUGCUGAUUAUAUUCUUCUCCUUCGUUAUUUUCUACCUGGUCCUCGGAGUGUGUACCAAGAAAUUCUUGAUGGGAGCCACUGGCAUUGAAGUUAUACCAAAUUUGAUGUUCUGGACUGAAUUGCCGAACCUGGUUAAGGACGGCUGGGCGUUCGCUCUGAACGGCUUCAAGCUGCCAGCACGCGGGGCCGGCCCCGCCACGUCGCCCGACCCCAACAGUUACGAUUCCAUAUAACAACAACGCGACGACGCGCUUCUCGACGGGCAACUUGUGUUCAUCGACUAGCCACUAACCGGUACACCGACGUAAAUGGACAUGUAUAUAUAUAGGUUAAAAAACAUAUUCAGGAUUUAAGAGGAUACGGUAGCGAAAAUGCUAAAAUGGAAAGGACUUUAAACUUGGGAAUUUUAGUUAAAUAUACAAGUGUUAUUAACUAGAUUUAUCGAAAAAAAAUUGUCCAUUAAGAACAAC